AUGAUACUGGACAUAUUGCUUACAAAGGAGUUUAUAAAAUGGUAUCUUGGCCGUUUUCAACCAAGACGACACGAAUUCGGUGCUGAAGCGGCGUCGUCUUCGGGAAAACUACCGCUGCCAGCACUAGCUUCUCGAGCGCCGAGACGCUGGUGCAAUUUUGAGAACCAUUGUGCUUAUAACAUGGAUGCCAUUCGUUUGCGUCAGAUGACGCGCUCAAUCUUAUUAGCAAAAAGGUCACCCGCUGCUGAAAUUCGUUUGAAUCAGACUGCUCUGAGUAUAGGGAGCGGCUUACACCCAAACAUUGUGAUUUGGGACACCACGAGCCAGACAAAGGUAAUUGCCGAUUUGGCGAUCACCUUUGAAGACAAGUCUGCCGGCGCUCGCCUCGUUGCAGCUAAGUUAUGA